GGGAGGGGGCCGGUCCUCCGCCCUGGCCGGGCCUCAGGGCCACCCGGCCGCGACACAGACGCCAGCCACGAGCCUGGAGCCGAGACCUGGAGCCAAACGCGCUGAGGGCUGGCCAGCCAGGCCUAGGUCCCACCAUGAGUGCAGAGCUCAAUGUGCCCAUGGACCCCACCACCCCUGCCUGCCCUGAGCCCGGCCACAAGGGUAUGGAUUACCGAGACUGGGUCCGACGCAGCUACUUGGAACUGGUCACCUCCAACCACCAUUCAGUGCAGGCACUGUCCUGGAGGAAGUUAUACCUGAGCAGGGCCAAGCUGAAAGCCUCCAGCCGGACCUCUGCCCUCCUCUCUGGCUUUGCCAUGGUGGCCAUGGUGGAGGUGCAGCUGGAGACACAGUACCAGUACCCACAGCCCCUGCUCAUCGCCUUCAGCGCCUGCACCACGGUGCUGGUGGCUGUGCACCUCUUUGCCCUGCUCAUCAGCACGUGCAUCCUGCCCAACGUGGAGGCUGUGAGCAACAUCCACAACCUCAACUCCAUCAGCGAGUCACCGCAUGAGCGCAUGCACCCCUACAUCGAGCUUGCCUGGGGCUUCUCUACUGUCCUGGGCAUCCUGCUCUUCCUGGCUGAGGUGGUCCUGCUCUGCUGGAUCAAGUUCCUCCCAGUGGAUGCCAGGGGCGAGCCGGGCUCACACAGCCACACGGGCUGGCAGGCCGCACUGGUGUCCACCAUCAUCAUGGUACCUGUGGGUCUCAUCUUCGUGGUCUUCACCAUCCACUUCUACCGUUCCCUGGUGCGGCAUAAGACAGAACGCCACAACCGUGAGAUCGAGGAACUGCACAAGCUUAAGGUGCAGCUGGACGGGCACGAGAGAAGCCUGCAGGUAGUGUGAACAGCACAGCCUGCAGGGGAGUGGGGCCCCUCUGGCGGUGCCAGCCACCACACAGCUGGUUGGAGUAGCCAAGGGGCUGCCAGACAAACUCUGGCUGCAUGAGAACGCCAUGGCAUCACAAGAGCCACAUCGGGGAUUGCUAAGCAGAUGCUCAGAUGCUGCCCCGAUAACUCCACACUCCUGUCCUCGCAUGAAUAAGGGUCUAAGGAAUGAGAAUGCCAACUGUUCCAUCAGAAGCCAGAGGAAGAAACAUGGUCACAGUUGUACGGCCCUGGGGACUUCCUGGGUCCCAGCAUAGCAGAGUUCACGGUAGAUCUCAGAUUGGCAAGGCCUGUUGGGGUGUUGGAGCUCAGUUGGUAGAGUGCUUGCCCAGGGUGUUGGAAGGCCUAGCACUACUUAAGCUAGGGGUGGUCAUCCCAGUUUCAUUCCAGGAUUAGGGAGGUGGAGGAAGGAGGACCAAGAGUCCAAAGUUGUCUGUCCUUUGCUACAUGGUGAGUUUGAGGCUACGUGAGACACCAUCAAACACAAGCACAUGUGUGCACGCUAGCACGGGCACCCACCCACCCACACAAUAGGCUGUUGGAAAGUGCAGAGGUGGACCCAGGGUAGCAUGGCUUGUGAUAACAGACAGGGAUGUGGUGACCAAUGUACAGCUCAGCUUGGUGCUUCACUCCUGGGGACCGUCACUGGGUGUUCAGGAUCCCAGGGCACACAGCGGCUCAACAAGGGUAACAGAUACUGUUAUUAGAACCAGAGUUUCCUGGUCUUAGAGAGAUGAGCAAGUGUGGGAGGCCUGGCAGGACUAAGGAGAAAUGUCUUAGAGCCCAGCACCAUAGGCAGACUGAGGUUAGAGAUGGUGACACCCACAUACCACUGGCAGCAGAUCCCACAUGCAGAGAUGACAACCUCUUAGCCACAAGAAGAGCCUGAGCCAGCCCCCUCGCCCCCACCCCCACUCUUGUGGACUGUGUCAGCACAGGCCCCUGCUGGGCACCAUCUCAGAGACCAGCCAGCUCAGCCACCACCCCCCAUUCCCUCGCUGCCUGUGGCCCUCAGAUGUUGAGAGGAUAAACUAGAGGGACUUCCUGUUUCAGCACCGCGGUUAGCGUGGCCUGUGGGUGGGGCAGGGGCCUACCCCAGCCUAAUACAGGAAGCUAUUCCCUGUGAUGAGCCUGAUCAACUGCCAAGGCCAGGACUUUCAACGCAGGUCCCUGCCCCCUGUGUUUACACAGCUUCACAUGAGUUUGGCAUGGCCACUGUGGGCAUCUGGCCACUCAGCUGGUGUUAUCACCCAUACCCUGAGGUACAGCGCUAGCUUGCGUGGGAGCUGCUGGGACACAGUGCUUACCUAUUUCUGCAAUAUCACCCGAAUGAUCGCUGGGCUCCCACGAGCACCACUUCUGUUUCUUACAAUUUUUUUUUUGGAGUCUGGAUUUGGUGCCAUGGGAUCCUGGAGUUCCACCCCACUGCUGCUGCCACCACCGGCCCUCUGCUCCUGUGAAGUCUCUGGAAAUGGGACACAACCGAGUACAACCUUCAACACUCAGAGGGCCCUGGGGAGCCUUGUGGACAGUCUUCCUUGUAAACUGUGACAUCUGUGGGGAGCCAGGUCACAGUGUCCCGUGAACCCAGGAAAACGCCCUCUGUCUUUCAAAGUGUGUGUCUCUUCAACACCUCCUCACACCCCUGCAGACAUCUGUCUUGAGACCCCUUGAGUCUCAGACCUGUAUGCUUUCCUAGGGUCUUUUGAGAAGGUCAGCCUAGUUUGGUUUGUUUUGCUAAAGAGUGCUAGAAUCAGCUGGACAGUGCCACACUCCUGUGAUCCCAGCACCUGGGGAGGCAGAGGCAGAAGCAGGUGGAUCUCUGUGUUCAAGGCCAGCCUGGUCUAUAAAGUGAGUCCAGGACAGCCAAGGCUACACAGAGAAACCCUGUCUUGAAAAAAAAUAAAAACAAAAACACAAUGCUAGAAUCAUGGGUGGACAAGAUGGCUCAGUGGGUAAGGGCACUUGCCACCAAUCCUGAAAACCUGAGUUCAGUCCCCACCCUCUGACCCAUACACAAAUAAACACAAUAAGAAAAAUAAUUUAAUGUUAGAAUCACUGUAAGACGGCACUGUCCCAGCAGGGAAAAGACAGGUGUGGCCUUUUGGAAUGAGUAGCUGCCCACUCCAGAGCAACUUUUGAAACACCAUGUUGGACUAAGGAUAUAGCUCAGUUGGUCAUGUGUUUGCCUAGCAUUUGAUAACUAGGACCAUAGAGCCCAAAUAUGGCUGGAUGCACCUGUAAUCCCAGCAUUCAGGAGGUAGAGGCAGGUGGAUCAGGAGUGCAAGGUCAUAAUGAGUUCGAGGCCUGGGACAGACAGACUGUUAUCAGAAAAAAAAUGUAGGAGGUGGGGUUCAGGGCCUCUGCAAAUGGCCUAGCAGUUGGUAGUGCCUACUGCUCUCACUGAGGGCCAGAGUUAAUUUUCAGCACCACAUAGGGCAGCUCACAACUGCCCACAACUCAAGUUCCAGAGGAUCCAAUGCCCUCUCCUGGCCUCCGCAGGCAUUCACACACGUACAUAUAUAUAUACAUAUAAAAUAAAAGAAGGGGUUCCUGUUGGACGUUGGACCCGAUCCUUCUACCCAUUAUCUAAGGCCAUUUGAUGCCUCAGCUCAUGGCAUGCCCAGCACUUAGUGCCGUGUGUAAGCCCAGUGCUGAGGCAUGGGACAGCCAUCUGUGUGUGAUUGGAGCCGACUGCCCAUGAGGUCACCCAUGGGCAGGAGUGGCAGGGCCAUCCUAGAACUCUGUCAGGACCUGGAAGAUAAGCUCUCACUGUGAACAGUGGCAGAAGCCAGCAGGCUGAAGACCAGAAGUUCAAUUUCUGUAGGCAUAACCUAAUUUUGAAUCUUGUUCUAACUGCAGCCACGUGGCUAGAACCACUGUGGGCCCCUAUGGGGCUGGCACAGGCUUGUCCUAAUUUUCUCUCUCCAAGAUUCAGCCCUUCCUGGUGCUCAAGGGACCAGUGUCCUCAGACACACCAAGGCCCUUCCCAACAUGACAUGCGGGCUCCCCAUACCCUUGAUUACAAGGUCUCCAAGUCCAAGUGUUUCUAUUUAAGAAGCUGCAAAGGCAGAAGUGAUUGGUGUCUUCCAGGAAGGUCUAUUGAGAAUAAACUACAGGGGCCCGAAAGGCUCAAGACUGUCUGUGCCACCAUUUCUGCAGGACACUGUGUAGAUAACUCCUUCCCUGUGUGUGGAGUUUUUAGCAGUUGCCCUGGAUUGAGCUGAAUAAACUGGUAAAGUUUUUCAAAAGUCUGUGCUCUUGAGAAGGGUGUACCAUGCUUCAGGGGAUCCACCCCAGUGCCCGCCAUCCUGCUGACCCUCAGCCCCAACAGGAGAGCCCUUUAUCUGGAGCCUAUGCAUUGCCUUGUAUUGCCAGUCACUGCCUCACAUGGGCACAGUGGACAUGGGACCUUCUAGGAUGGGUAGGCAGGCUGCUGGGACCCAGGCAUACUUUGAGUGAGGUCCCUGCCAACCAGACCCCUGAGAGAAUCUUAGGAUUGGCCUCGGAUGCCUCUUCCUGGUUUCCUUUCUGAAGGGGGGAAGGGAAAUGGCAGAACCCUUUCCCUGGACAGGGUCAGGUGGAUCCCAUAGUCUUCUGGAAGGAGCUCCUAAGGUGUCGGUAUCUGUCCCUGUAGCUAUGGUCUGAGGUCACCCAUUGCGACCACCAACCAACAAGACACCCUAGACACUCGAUUUGAAAAAGCUGCCCAGACAGAUAAGCCCCUCCUAGGAAAGAGAUUUUCUUCCUGGGGCGAAUACAUUCGUGUGUGUGUGUGUGUGUGUGUGUGUGUGUGUGCGCGCGCGCGCGCGCACGCGCAUGUGUACCUGAUGUGGAGGCCAGAGGUUAACUUUAGGUGCCACUCUUCAGACAUCUUUAGUUGAGACACAGUGUCUCACUUGCCUGGGAACUGGACAUUUAUGUUAAUUUGGGGGUCAGGGAAGCCCAGGGAUCUUCCUGUUCCUCCCAGUACUAGGAAAAGUAUGUGCCACCAACUAGUUUUUGUUUUGUUAUUUUUUGUUUUUUCCAAGACAGCAUUUUUCUGUGUAGCCUUGGCUGUCCUGGACUUGCUUUGUAGACCAAGCUGGCCUCGAACUCACAUCAGUCUGCCUGCCUCUGCCUCCCUGAGCGAUGGGAUUAAAGGUGUGUGCCACCGUGCCUGUGUGUGGGUUUAUUUUUUGAAAUUUUUUUAUGUGGAGAUGCAGUUCAUGCCCUCAUUGUCACUUUACUGACAGAGCAACCUUCCCAGCACCUCCUAGGGACAAUUUCUGUCCUUUAACCAUAAGAAUUAUUGAUCAAUGGGGGAGGCCCAGCCCAUUGUGGGUGGGGUCACGCUGGGCUGGCACCAGGUCCUGGGUUCUAUAAGAAGCAGGCUGAGCGAGCUAAGGGAAACAAGCCAGUAAGCAGCACCACUCCGUGGCUUCUGCCUACAGGUUCCUGCGCUGCUUGAGGUCCUGUCCUGACUUCCUUGGGUGAUGAACAGUGAUGUGCAAGUGUAAGCUGAAUAAACCCUUUACU